CCGGCUGCCUUCCACGCGAUCGGGCGCCCACGUGGGUCAACGCGAGGAGCUUGAGCUGCGCGUCCUGCCUCAGGUUAGCGGUGACGCUGACGUGGCAGUCCCAUCCGGUGGGAUUGGUAGGGAGCAUGGGAGAUUGUCGGCGUGAAUUCUACCGCGGUUCGUGCAUACCGAUGGCUUCGUUGGGGAACAAGCAGCGAGGGGCUACUGAGUGGCUCAUAUUCCUUCAAGCAGCUCGUUCUCGUUUACUAGUGAUGGUGGAGGCACUGCGAUCACAACUGAGAGGUCGAUUUGAGGCUGUUGGGGGGGCAGCUUCAUCGCGUCCGCCGUAUCCGGAAGUGAUGGGGAACAUGUUGCAGAUUGUCUGGGAGUUGCAGGAGGGGCCGUCUUUGCAAACAGAUGAUCAACAGGAGUCUCUGAAGUGGUGUUGCGAUGACAUCUUCGAGGAGGGGCAAGAUGUGUACGCAGCGCUGGAGGAGGAGUGGUACCUGCACUUGUUCGAGACGGAGGAGGACAAUUAUACCAACGCGUGCACCACUGGCAGUGACGAGCUGGAGGAGGGUCAAACUGGUGUCAAUAAUACCCACACUGCUGAUAAUGAUGCAAACAAUAACAACACGUUCGUGCAGGUCCGGGGUACAGACACACGGAUCGUGAGCCUGGGCUUGUCCGACAACGACGUAAACAACAACAACAACAACAACAACAACAACAACAACAACAAUAACAGCAAUCACGACGCAAGGAUCGUGUGCACCGGCAACACUGUGACUGUAGAGCAUGACACUGCUGCAAGCGAGGAGAUGGUCAGCUCGUGCACGCCGGAUUGUGACAGUGACAACAGUGACAGCAACAACGACACUAACAGCGACAACGGCAACGACAUAAACAACAUCAAUAACGGCGGUUUGGUAAUGGGACGCUGGACCCGGUUUCCAGCUAGCAUGCACUCAAUAGGACUCAAUAGGGUUGAGGGGGAGGGAGGAACUAGUGUGUAGUUGUGUAUCUGACUCCGGAUUCAGGGUGAAGAGGUUCCCCCCUCCGUCCAGUACCCUGCUCAGUCAAUCCCCUGGAUCCCAGGGUAAUCAAUGCUGGCAGGAACA